CUACUGACAGUGACACUUCUACCUCUGAGUCUGAGGCUCAAGAAGACUCAGAGGAUUCAAGAAGAAAACACCCCAGCAAAAAGGGGAAAAAAAUGGACUCCAGAAAAAGAAAGCAGAGGCAAGAGGAGUCAGAUUCUGAUUCAGAAUCUGAAUCUGAACCAAGUGAUAAGAGCGAAGAAUCAUCACCUGCGGAGAAGGAGAAGAAAAAGAAAAAAACAAAAACAACACCAAAAAAAACACAACAAAAAAAGAAAAAAGUUGUUGUGGAGGAUUCACCUCCUGAAGAAGAUCAAUACUUUGACGGUGAGAGAUAUGAAAUAUCAAGUGACGAACUCGAUGAAUGGCUAAGGAAAAACGUUGAUAAAUCUGCUGCAGAGGGGGAGAACCAAGCUGACCUGCGAUCGACAGAAGGUCGCUAUGUGUCCUCUGAAACGUAA